GGGCUGGAUUUGCUCCAGGUGCAAAAAUGCUGUCAGGCUCAUUAAGAGGGACCUCUCCGAGAUCCGGCAAUUCAGUUCAGCGCAGAGCUCUAAACGGACAGAUUACUACCAGAUAGACUGCGGCGUUACAGUGAGCGAUUAAAAAAAAUGAAUUUAAUUUCUCUUUGGGUCGAUUACGGACUAUAGAGCGACACUAUAGAGUUGCUGGUUAGUUGUGACGGAGUUUUUGGAGUUUAAAUUUGAGUUUAUCGCUUGUCAAAAUUAUUUGAGAGUAUUUGUUUUGACGAAAAUACUGUUUACCAACGGCCUGGUGGAGAAAUCCGUUACCUGAGGAUAACAAAUCAAAGGUCUGUGAAUGAUAGGCCUAAUACUGGCACAAAAAGACAAGAUAAGUACGUGGCAAAUUAAAGUUAUGGUUUUAUAAUGGAAUGGCAAUAUUCAGAAAUUAUUUUGCAAUUUGUUCUUUUUCAGAAAUCUGCUUUAAACGAAUACUUUUACCAGGGAUUCCCCGUCUCCGAAUGAAGGGAUUUGUGCGCAUUUUCGGUUGCAGUCUUUCUAGAAAAUUGGUUGACCCAAUAUCGCAUUGAGUGCCUUCGCCUGGUUUUUGUUUUGAGCUCUCCCAGAAAUGGUGGGACACCUACAUUUACAAGCUAUGGAUGAUAGUCUGAAAGGAAAGAAUCGGGAGGGACUGCUUGACAGUCCGGAUUCGGGACUCCCUCCGAGUCCAAGUCCGCCCUUCUAUUCGCUGUCUCCAGGUCUGCUCGAGUCGCGCUCCGGGAGUUGUUCAACGCCAGUCGAGAACCAUGGAUACUAUAAAAAGGAGAGCAAAGGCAAACUGCUGCCGUACCUUCUCCUGAACUCAACGGGGACGGACCCGAGGACACGCAUGUACCCUGUGUUCUUUGGUGAGAGCAUCGAGGUCAACCCCAAACCUGAAACAGAGAUCAAGUGUAACUCUGAAGUGAAGUACGACUCAGACAGGCACUACCGGGACCAGGUGUACUGCGCUCCCGUUCCCACGGUGACUUCCUACAGCGAGAUGGUGGUGGCCGUGCAGAACUGCACCUGGCGGCGCUACAAGUCCCAGGUGUACCUAGAGCCCCGUCAGAGGCCCCUGCACUACCAAAGCACCACCAUUGUGUACCCCAAACAUGCCAAGAACACUUACCGCACCACACUCAACUACAACGCUACGGGUUCCCAAAGGUGGUUUGUCUCCACCGUCCAGCUGAAGUCCAGGGAGGACAGCAGCCCCUGCAUCAUCUAUGCUGAGGACCUCUAAACCUGAUCUCAGACCUGACCUGCCUGGCCAUUCCUACUGUUGUGGAUUGGAUACACACAGAGGCUGACAGACUGACACACAGAGGGUGGUAGUAUUGCAUACUGUAUAAGGAAUAUUGUAGGGGGGAGUACAUCGAAUCACAAAGGCCUUUAAUGAGUUGUCCUUCAUGUUAAUUUGUCUUGUGAGGCAGAGCGCUGAUAGUUGAGCAUGACUCUGGGGGUUGACGAUACCACGUUACACACCUUAUUUGACUGUAAAGAUUCAUUAUAGAAAUUGACAUAUUCGUGCUCAAAAGCUGACAUGUGAAUCCACACAGAUGCGUGCAAAGCAGUCUAAUAGCUUGAUUGCACUUAUUUUAACAUUGUGCAAAUUGUGUGUAUUCUGAAAAGGGGGGGGGGACUGAAAAGAUUGGACCAAAGAUUUUGUUACAAAGACAGUUUCACCCUAGUUGUAAGUAAUGUCUUUGACACAUCCUCAUCAGACUCUCAAACACGACUCCUGCAUUAGAUCUACAACCGGGUGUCACGAGCACAUCCUUGUCGUCUCUCAAAAGAUGCCCAGUGACGACAAACUCAUCUCUGCGGCUUUGCGUCUUGCUUUGACAGACACCAAACCACAUCUUCAUUAGUGACCUCAAACUCUAGAAUGUGCCUUUUUAGUCUGAUAGACACUGGGGCAUUUUAAAGCUAGAAUCCUUAAGUGAAACAAUAACAAAGUGGUCACUGUGUUUUGGUAAAAAGCUGAGGGAUGGGCCUGGAGAAAUGGAACCACAAAUUCAUAGACCGAGCAUGGAUGCAAAGACUGACUAAUUUACACCAUGUUUUGAGGCUUUACAGUGUUUACGUUUACAUUGUUUACAAACAUGGAGUAAAACAAGCUUGUAUUUAGGGUUCUGAUGGGGUAUGACAGUUGAACUAAGUUCAAGAGGCAUUUCUAAGUUAUAUUCUUCAAGAAUCAAUUGGUGUAUAUAUCAUUAAUUAAAAGGUCUAAAAAUGGAUGUAGCAACUAAGGAUUCUAGCUUUAAAUGAAAAUAUCACAUUAUCCAUGCCAUUUUCUACAACAAAUCAGAAAUGGAGUCUGAGGCACCUUCAACAGCAGGCAGAGAGUCAAGGUUUCUGUUAUAGAUUGCCUCUGGUGAAGGAGAUGCUUGUUGUCGCUGCCAUAACUACAAGUCAACCUGCCAGUUGGAAAUGCCAAAGUUGGAGCCAGAGAGAAGGAGGGAGAGCAGAGCUGGGAAAACCUGAGGAACAUUUCUAUUUUAAGACAUGGCUCUAGCCCCUGAUAUCCAGGUUGUUUGGCAGACUGGUAAACACGACCAUAAAAAUCCAAACAUGUUACUCUCUCCAGCACACUGUUGUUAUAUACAGGAUAGUGAAAUGGGUGGCUUAGAUUUAUUCACAGCUGUCAGGUGUUGUAGGAAAAUAAUAUAAAUUCUUAUUUGUAUUAAGAAUUGCCUGAUCUCGCUCACAAGUUUUUUUUUGUCUAUUUUAUAUAUAUGGAUUAUGGAACCUGGUAAAUAUUCAACCUUGUAUUAUGAAUUCAGAUCUCUUACCUCUCUCUACUUUAUUUCAUAGAAAAUUUGCAUUUUCUACUUUUAAUUUACAUCCUGAGCUACUUUUGUAAUGAAAAAAAUGUAGGUUUUGAAAAUUGACAAAGGUGUGUUUUAUACACUAAAGAAUAUGGACAGAAGAAAGUGAGAGAAAGUGAAGAGGCUCUGUUUUGGAGGCUUUCUUAAGGGUCAAGAUGUUCUGAGUAAUGAGGUCUACUGUAAAUGUUACAAGUGCAACAGCAACUUUAUAAUACUGAUGGUUUGAACCAUAGGUAUUACAGUGGCUGGUACAGAAAAAGGCCGUUCAGUGGAAAGAUUGCUGUGGAUUUCUGUGAUGUGGCAGGAGGUAUGUGAGAAGUCAUGAGUUAUACGUUUGAGGUGAUGAAAGUCUAAGGGUUUCAAAGCAUUUGGUUGUUUUGUUUAAGAUACUUUCUAAUUAUUGAUGUUAGGAAACACUAACGGUUGAUUUUGUUCUUGUAAAAUACUUUCCUGUUGUAUAUGUGGCAUCGAAGCACUUCAUAAUUCUCUUUAUAUUUUUGUAUCUUUCCUGUGUCAAUCAUCUUUUUUGUUUGAGAAAAUAAAAAAUUAUUUAAUUGAA